AUGCAAACCAAAAGACCAAGUUCUGCUACUCAUAUAACCAGGGUCAAACAUGUAGAACAGACCCAUGUCCCUACAGACAUAUCUGUCAGUACUGCAAAGAGCAACACCCAAGAGUUAAAUGCCCCAAACUCCCCUCAAGUGACGAAAGACUGUCGUCCAAAACUCCCAACCCCAGUAAGACCAGAAAUUCUUAAAACUUUGUUGGAAGGAUACAAUUCCUCCCUUUCAGAAUUAAUUUUAUCAGGCUUCACAACUGGUUUUAGAUUAGGCUGUUUAGGUACACCUACAUCUCAAUCGUCUUCAAAUCAUGGAUCCACUAACAAACAUCCUCAAGUUGUCCUUAACAAAAUUCUGAAAGAACAAAAAUUGGGCAGGAUAUCAGAACCCUCCCCUUUUCCUCAAUUUGAAAAUUUGGUAACCUCUCCUCUAGGCGUUGUUCCUAAAAAAGUGGAAGGUCAAUUUCGUCUCAUCCAUGACCUUUCCUUUCCGGAAAAUAAUUCGGUUAACUCACAAAUCCCUCCAGAGAAUAGUCAGGUUUCUUAUGACUCCAUAGACAAUAUAAUUUCACUAGUGAGACAAUUUGGCUCUGCAGCCCUAAUGGCUAAAUGUGAUAUUGAAGAUGGUUUUCGCAAUAUCCCAAUCCAUCCGGAAGAUUACCAUUUACUGGGAUUUAAAUGGGAAAAUUUCUUUUACUAUGACAAAUGCCUCCCUAUGGGAGCAAGUAGUUCCUGUAAAAUUUUUGAAAUGCUUAGCACUGCAUUACAGUGGAUCAUGCUCAAUUAUUUCUCAGCAAAAGGUAUGUCCCAUAUGAUUGAUGAUUUUUUCUUCAUAGGUCCCCCAGCAUCCGAUAGCUGCCUAACAGACUUGAACAAUUUUAUAUCCCUUUGUGACAAAAUUGGAAUCCCUUUAAACCCCAACAAAACCUGUCUCCCUAACACGAACAUCAUCAUAUAUGGUAUUGAGGUGGAUUCCAUAGCUAUGGAAUGUCGUUUACCAGAUGACAAAAUAUCAAAAAUCGAAGCUCAGUUAUCCAGUUUUUCCAUGCGGAAAAAGAUCACUCUCCGUGAACUACAAUCCCUCAUUGGGUUGCUAAAUUUUGCUUGCUCAGUGAUAUCUCCAGGGCGUGCUUUUUUGCGUAGGCUUAUUGACAUGUCCUGUAAAGUCUCGAAUCCUAGACAUUUUAUACGCCUUACAUGUGAAGCCCGAGCUGAUAUACAAUGCUGGUUGCAGUUCAUUUCACACUUUAACGGCAAGUCAGUUUUUCUCAAUGACGUUUGGUCCUCUUCUGACCACCUCACCCUUUACACUGUAGAUGCUGCAUCUACACAAGGUUUUGCUGCCAUUUUAGGAGCAGUUUGGUUUGCAGCCAGAUGGCCUGAUGAAUUCAAACAAUUGCACAUUACAAUCUUAGAACUUUUUCCAAUUGUACUGGCUAUGGAGAUGUGGGGUUCCCAUUUUCAAAACCAUAAGAUUUUGUUUCUUACUGACAACGAAGCAGUGGUUGCCAUUAUCAACAAAACUUCAAGCAAAGACAAGACUGUUAUGAAGUAA